UUGUGAUGCCGCGUCAUAAGCCAGGCACAUGUUCAGAUGACGCGAUUCCAAAAUAGUAAUGUGAGUCAUUGUGUUGUGCCUCCACGAUACAACAUGGUAAUAAGAUCAACGCGUCUACGUCCUCCACUAAUUUAGUGGCUGCUGACGUAAUGUUGCUUCAAGAUUCUACCAAAGCGAUGAGCCAGUUUCGUCACAUUCUGGACGCUAAUUUCAAUCCAGACCAUGCUGAUAAUCGGACACAACUCCACUGAUCUCACAAAUCCAACUACAGCGUCCCUUUGCGCGUGUGGCAAUUGUCGCAUCAUUCCAACGAGCGCUGAUAAGCUUCACCACCAACAACUCUUCGCUAUGCCAGUGAUCGCUAAUCUUUCGAGCAAACAGCAGCAUCAUGGCAGCUACUUUAACAGCGAGCAUUUGUCUACUCCUGCUUCUGGCGGGAAUCAGUAGCGAUGCAGCACGCAGCUCAACCAAGGGUGCCACCCAGCGGUACCAUCUCGAGUGGAAUCGAAUGCAGGAAACGGAUCAGUCGUGGCGAUGCUGGACCGAAGGCUACCGUCCUAACGCUGCCAAUGCAAACAAAGUGCACGAGACAACCAAUGGGACGGAAGCGGAACUGAGACGUAUUCUCGGAUUUAAUCAGUCCACCACGGUGCUCUUUAUGGCGAACAGCAAUUCCGACAAUCAGAAUCUGCGCACCGAGUUCACCAUCACCCCGAACAGGAUGGUACGCCUGACGCUGGAUAAUGUAGGGCUGGAGAGGCUAGAGAUUGGUCCGUUUAUUGGUAAUGAGAACGAUUGCCGGUUGGCUGACUUGACGGUGCCACGGAACCGUUUGAGUGAGGUUCCGCAAGGGCUGGAUAGAUUGACCGUACUUCGGAAGCUCGAUAUGCGCCAGAAUGCCCUAGUUCGCUUCCCACUGGAUCAGCUCAGCAGGGCUACGCAAUUGAAGCGACUACUGUUGGCUCAUAAUCAGUUGGAAGCAUUCGUAACUGAGGACCUGGUCUCGUUUGAGGCGCUCCAAGAGCUGGAUCUAUCGCAUAAUCGACUCAAGGCGCUAGAUUCGACCCGUUGGAGUGCUCCCGUGUUAGCUUCCUUCCACGUGGAUCAUAAUCGUAUGCUGACCGCAAUCGACGGUUGGUCCAAGACCCGGUUUCCGUUGGUGCGAGGGUUCGACCCGGCAGGUACGAACAAUUGGAACAAAACGUGGCUCAAAUCUGUGCAGUAGCUUGGGUCCUCGGAGUAACCCAGAUUACAAAGGAAUGAAUUUCCCCCCAUUCGCUCUCUAGAAUAUCUAUUAUUAUUGAUUCUUAGGCAGUGUUUCCAUGGUUUGAACAAGGACGAGGCUUGGUGACUCCCCAAGGGAGAAGCAAAUAAAUAGAAAUAAAAAUCAA